CGAAUUUGAAUUGUUUUAUUCUUAAUGUAGUCGAUCUUUGCAAAAAUUGCAUUUUACGUGGAGUGCCUCUUCUGCCUGAUGAUUGUAUAAUAACGCUUCAAAACAAAGCUUUCAUCUGCAGUUUGCCUUCUGACCAGCAGGUAGCGAGCGAGGUGGUGGUGCUCACUAGUUGACCCACGCGCAAGCCAAAGACAGCGGCGAAGAAGAAGGAAUGAGAGUUGGGAGAGGGGAGGAGGGGGGGGGGGUCAGGUGGCUGGACUGCAGUUUGCCGUUCCAAACUAUCGUCCCAAAAUCUAUUAAAAUGUACAUACAAUAUGAAUGCCGACAUUCAAAAUGCAACAUGCUGAAGGACGAGCCAAUGCAUUGGAUUUGCAAUGGGAGAACCGUGAUCGAGUGAGGGAGCGCUGCAAAUCACUUGGAGCAGUUCACAUUAUGCGCACGCGCAGAGCGUGUGGUGCGUGACGUCAGGCGGGGAGGUGCGCAGCCAGUGACGCCAUCGCAUCCCUUCCACUCGCGUUUCGUCCCGGUCCGUGUCCGUCAUCGCGCAGCAUCUUCCUCGCCAUCGCCAUCUUCAUCAUCGGCUCGAGCCAGGCCUUCAUCCUCCACCUCCUCUUCAUCAUGUCCGGCGGCAAGCAGGAGGCCCCCAAGGGCUCGGGCGAGUGGCGAGAGUUCUUCUGGAACCCGCGCACGCACGAACUGCUCGGUCGAACCGCGGCCAGCUGGGGUCUGAUCCUGCUUUUCUACCUGGUCUUCUACCUGUUUCUGGCCGGGAUGUUCACACUCACCAUGUACAUCAUGCUGCUGACCCUGGACGACUACCAACCCACCUGGCAGGACCGCCUGGCGACCCCAGGGAUGAUGAUUCGUCCGAGGGGCAACCAACUGGAGCUUUCCUAUUCUCUGUCUGAGACGCAAAGUUGGGAAGGCCUCGUGCAAAAUCUCGACUCGUUUUUGUCCCCAUACAACGACAACCAGCAGGUUCAGAUGAAUGACAACUGCUCUCCAGACCAAUACUUCAUCCAAGAGGACAGCGGCGAGGUUCGGAAUAAUCCAAAGCGCUCCUGCCAGUUCAAUCGGUCAAUGCUGGAGGAUUGCUCGGGGUUUCCCGAUCGUUUCUAUGGUUACAGCCGAGGACAGCCCUGUGUGCUGAUCAAACUCAACCGGGUGAUCGGGAUGUUGCCAGGGAAGGACGGACAGUCGCCUUUCGUCACCUGCGCCGCCAAAUCGCACAAAGUCGGAGAAGACGAGUGGAGGGAGGACGGCGAUAAGAUGGGACCUCUGGCUUAUUUUCCCGCCAAUGGAACCUUCAACCUCAUGUAUUACCCUUAUUAUGGCAAGAGAGCUCAGGUGAACUACACUCAGCCGCUGGUGGCCGUCAAGUUCCUGAACGCGUCUCUCAACACCGACAUCGACGUCGAGUGCAAAAUCACCUCCAACACGCUCGCCCCCGGCAGCGAGCGGGACAAAUUUGCCGGCCGCGUCUCCUUCAAGCUACGAAUCGACGACAAGUAGAUUGCGCGAACACGCCAGGCCGCAGUCGUGACUUUGACCGCUCCCAGGUCCGACGCCCCCCCCCCCCCUCCCCCUCCCCCAACACACGCAAACUCGCUCACCAAACACAGCCCCCUUGCAGUUUGACGUCGGAACACGAGAAUCUCGGUCUACCUUACCUAACCUCACUCAAACCCUUUAUUUAUCUAUUUAUGUAUUUCUUUUAUUCACUCACUGUCACCACAUUACGCAACUUUGCCUGGCAUUUCUAUCGUUUAUUUCAAUGAUUCACAGGCAGGGGUUCUCACACCCUCAUGCACAAUCUGUAGCUUGAGGAUCUGCUAAAUUAUUAGCAAAUAUAUGUAUGUAUAUUUAAUUUUUAAAAAGGGGAUACCUCGAUAUGGGGAAAAGGUGCAUCAAUAAGGUCAAUUUAAACCAAUUCGUCCUCUCUACCUUUAUUCUGUCAAUUAAAAGCUUCAAUUACAUCAUGUUUAUGAUCAAAUAAAUCAUGCAUCUUUGCAUGAAUAAAGGAACAAUUUUCUUUUUUUGAAAUAAAGGUCUUUUCUGAAAUAAAAGGUGUAAUAUUGCGAGGAGAAAGUUGCCUAUGACUUUGUUCCGCCGUUAAAUCUUAAAGAUUGCUGCAUUUUU